AUGUCGCAGAAAAUACAGCAGCAUCAGUUUCCUGAUUUUUAUUGUUGUUAUCUACUACAAUCGAUUAACAAGAGGCAAUCAUUUUACGUUGGAUCAACUCCUAACCCAGUACGACGUUUGAGGCAGCAUAAUGGGAAAUUGGCUGUUGGAGGGGCAUAUCGAACCAAACGUGACGGUUCAAGGCCCUGGGAAAUGAUAAUGAUUGUGCGGGGCUUCCCAAGUAAGAUAGCAGCUUUACAGUUUGAACAUGCAUGGCAACAUGGGUACCAAACGCAUUAUAUUGCCGAAAAAGAUCGUGUUGUAAAGCAUAAAGCAGGUGGAAGAACUUUACAUCACAAAGUUGCAUUAAUGAAGUUACUUUUAAAGCAUGAAUUUUUUCAAAGGAUGAACUUGAUAGUCGAGGUUUUUAAUAUAAAGGCUUGGGAGGUUUGGAAACAGGACAAAUUUUUUAUUGAAAGAGACAGAUUUCCGAUUAAUAUACAAAUAAAUGAAAAUGCGCUUGAAGAACCAAAGGAGAAAACUGUGGAUGUUCUCAUGGAUCAUAGUGAUGAGAAUUUAAAAGUGGUGGAAGCUGUAUACACUAAAGUCAUUGAAAAUGAAAGAAACAUAUUCGAAACUUUCGAAAAGAAACUAACUACAGGGGUAGUGCGAUGUGAAAUUUGUGAGAAAGAAAUUGACUACACGUCUGAAGAGCAAAAUCUGAAGCCGUUUGUAGCGCUUUGCAAUAAUAAAGACUGUGGGUGUGUUAACCACUUGAAAUGUCUUCACAGGUACUUUCUAGAUGAUGAACAGUUGAUGGUAGGGAGAAGAAAUUUGAUACCUCGAGGUGGGAAAUGUCCGAAAUGUGAUAUGUUUUGCGACUGGACGACCCUAGUCAAGUUUUCGACAAGAAUGAAGUUAGCUCACGGGAAGUAG